GAUUAUUAGGUUUUUACCUACCUACUUCAAAUAUUAUUAUAAUUAUUCUUUGUUACAAUAGAUGAACCUACAACUUUAAGUAGUACAAAAAGAAUCACUAAAAAUAACGGAAUUAAUAAAGAAGAUAUGUUUAAAUUAAUCAGCAUUAUAGAGACUUGUAAACCACUUUGGGACCAUAGGUUACCACUAGGUGAUCGAUCAGAAAAUAUUAAAAAUAAUAUGUGGAAUGAAGUUUUUGUCCAAUUUAAUGGUUUAUAUACUCUAGAAUGCUUAAAAAGUACCUGGAAGUAUAUUAGAGAAAGGUACACAAGAGAAAAAAAACCAAGUGCAAGUGGUAGUUCAGGUGGUACCAAAAAGGUUUGGGAACAUUUUCUGAGUUUACUUUUUUUGGAUGACGUAUUAUUGGUACAAAAGCGCACAAUAGAUAACCUUACUCAAGAAUCAACAAGUUCAAAUGAACUAAAUGAAUCAACUCCGUCAUCAAAACGUUCUAAAAGACCUACAAUUGAACAUUAUAUGGGUUCGUUGAUUGAUGAACUUAAACAUAGCAGACCUAUGACUCCAACUGAACCUGUCUUACUGGCACCUGAACCACCAAAUGAAGAUCAUACAUUUAGCUUGUAUUUAACAAAUAUUAUGUCGGAGAUUCCAAAACAAUCUAAAAUAAAGUUGCAAGGAAAACUUAUAGCUUUAGUUAUAGAAGUGCUAAGUAAAUAAACCAUAUUAUUAUAUGUAUAAUAAUAUUAUUAUAAUAUUAUUUAGAUAUAUCCAAAGAAAGAAACUUAUGGACUUAACAUGUGCAAUAAAAAGGCUGU